ACGCACAAGUAACGCAUACGCACGCAGCUCACGCGCGAUUAAUUGCCGAGAAGAGAAGAGAAGAGCUCUCUCCCCCUGCCCUCGAGCCGAAUCCCCUCCGCUGCCCUAGCCCCCAAAUCCACCGCCUCCCUCCCUCCCUCCCUCCCUCCGACGGUGGCGGCGUUGACGGACGGACAGAUCGUGGCCUGCGAACCACUCCACCACCACCCCGAGGAUCGAACCGGCCGGCCGCGGAAUGGGCGGCCGCGAUGACUAGCGUGGUCGUGCAGCGGCGUUGGCGGCGUUGGCGGAGGCGGAGGCUGCGGCGGUAGGGGGGAUAGUAGUUAGUAGCAGCAGUAUCCGACCAUCUACGCGCACACACCAUGGUGCAGUGUCUCGACGGCGUGAAGCAGCUCUGCGCGGCGCUGUUCAAGUGUUUCGACCUCGAGCUCAAGCAGCCCCGGGGGCUCCAGGAUCCCCAGGCCCUCGCGAGGGAGACCGUCUUUAGCGUCAGCGAGAUCGAGGCGCUGUACGAGCUGUUCAAGAAGAUUAGCAGCGCUGUGAUCGAUGACGGGUUGAUUAACAAGGAGGAGUUUCAGUUGGCGCUCUUCAAGACGAGCAAGAAGGAGAGCCUGUUUGCUGAUCGUGUUUUUGAUUUGUUUGAUACAAAGCACAAUGGAAUUUUAGGAUUUGAAGAAUUUGCUCGUGCACUCUCGGUGUUUCAUCCAAAUGCUUCCGCUGAUGAGAAAAUUGACUUUUCAUUCCAGCUAUAUGAUCUCAAGCAACAAGGCUUCAUUGAGAGACAGGAGGUUAAGCAGAUGGUUGUUGCUACACUUGCGGAGUCAGGGAUGAAUCUUUCUGAUGAAAUUAUAGAAAGCAUAAUUGAUAAGACGUUUGAGGAGGCAGACACAAAGCAUGAUGGAAAAAUUGACAAAGAAGAGUGGCACAAUCUGGUUCUUCGGCAUCCAUCUUUGCUGAAAAACAUGACUCUCCAGUACCUCAAGGACAUCACCACUACAUUUCCAAGCUUUGUCUUCCAUUCGCAGGUUGAUGAUACCUGAGAUUCUAGGAGUUCUCUCGAAUCGAGAUAUCAGAAGAGAUAAACUCAUGGUGGUUUUUUAAAAGUUCUCGGCAUUGGACCGAUUGGCUUGAUAGAGAUCUCAGUGCUCUGAAUGAUGUUGGGUUUGAAAAUGCAAAUCUGUGUUGUUAAAUAACCUUGUUUCUUUCAUUUGGAAAGUUGGUAUGAUUGGGAGCCUUUAGACAAGUUGUAAUCUGUAUCCGAAGCUCCCAUUUUCUCCUAUCGUCCCUUUCUUUGGGGUUUUUGACUGGUUAGCGAGCAGGUCAUGUGUACAAAAUGGAAACAGCUUUCAGUUUUAAAGCUUUUGAUGGGAAUUUUUCUA